CGGACUUUCCGGUUUUACUACAAGAUAGGAAUUGAAGCUAUACGCUUUUGCCCUAUCAAGUUUUUGGCGCCGUUGCCGGGGACUGCCAUACCUUAUUUUUGUUGAUUUUUGUGAGUGAACUAUUUUGAUCUGGGUGUUAGUGUGCAGAAGAAUUUUCAGGUGUAUCCUCCUCGUGCAUGCCAAGGAGGACGACUGGCAAUUUACUGCCACUUGAUCCCGAGAUCGAGAGGACCUGCCGACAGAACAGGAAGCAGGUCAAGUUAGGGAAGCAGCCUACCACAUCCACAACUCCUAGGCCUUCCCUAACCAAGAGAGGGCAGGCUUCAUCACCUGUCGUCCCUACACCACCUACACCACCGCCGCGCGUCAUCGAGCCUGUCAUCAUGGCAGAACAGGAUCGGUCGAUCAGGGCUCGUCUGAAUCGGAGGACUGGAGCCCGAGCUUCAUGUGUUGUCAUUCCGGCUGGGGAUGCAAACAUGGAGAUUGCCCCAGCCUUCAUCAAUAUGAUCACUAAUGGGUACACCUUCUCAGGGGCCAGCACCGAGGAUCCUCAUGAACAUCUCCGCCGGUUUGCAAACAUUUGUGACACAAUGAAGAGCCCGGCUGUGUCUGAUGAUGCCAUCCGUCUUCGGAUGUUCUCAUUUUCUCUGCUAGGGAAUGCAUCACACUGGUUCCAGAACUUGACACCCCGUUCCAUCACAACAUGGGGUCAGCUUGAGAAGACCUUUUUGGAUAAGUACUUUCCUCCUGCCAAGGCAAUGAAGAGGCAAGAGGAAAUUGUCACUUUUAAACAAGCUGAGGAUGAAAGUCUGACCGAGGCAUGGGAGCGCUAUAAGGAGCUUCUAAUGAGAUGCCCGAGCCACGGUCUUGAAGAUUGGAACGUGAUCUCCAUCUUCUUCAACGGAAUCAGAAGACAAUUCCGAGAUGCUCUGAAUAAUGCUUCCCGAAAUGGUUUCACAAGAAUGGAAGCACCAGAAGCAUAUGAACUGUUGGAGAAGAUAUGCUCUGAAGAUACUGAAUGGGGUAGUGAGACCGGCAUUCGAAGGAGAGGAGGCUUGCAUGAGAUAGACAGAGUUGCAAGUUUAGAAGCAAAGAUUGAUGCUAAGCUGGAUUCCAAGUUCGAUGCACUCGAACGAAGGCUGGCUAAGAUGGCUCUUGGUAGACAGCAAGAGGUUGCUUUGUGCGAAUUAUGUGAAGGUGCUCAUCAUAGGGAUCUAUGUCCACUGGUAGCUGAUCAGUUGGAAGAUGUGCACUAUAUCAACAAUCAACAAAAUCAAGACCAGGGUGGUAUGUAUUCAAAUACCUACAACCCGCAAUGGAGGAAGCAUCCUAACUUUUCCUGGGCAAACAACAACCCAGCUGGUGCUCGCAACAUUGCUCCUCCAGGCCUGCAGAAACAACAACCUCAACCAGAGAAGAAACCACAACUUGAAGAAUUGCUUCUGGCUCACAUGCAGAAAACCGACAAUAAUCUGAAGGGUCUUGAUCAAUUUGUCACUCAACAGCUAGCCAUCAACAAUAAUUUGCAAUCAUCUAUGCUAGCUAUGGAGAGGCAAAUAGGCCAGAUGGCUGAAACUUUGGCAGAUAUGCAAGGCAGGAUUCCUGGGACAUUACCAGCAAAUACUGAGAGGAAUCCGAAGGAUGCCAUGGUUGUAGCAGUGACAUUGAGGAGUGGAAAGGCCUUGGAAGACCCUAGGAGCUCGAAAAAGGCACCAGAGGCAGAAGAGGAAGCACCGGGAGAAAGAUCUUGUGCAGAAAAUGAAGAAUCAGCCUUGCACAGGCAAAAUGAAAGCGGUUUGCCUGUGCAAAAGCAUGCUGCCCGUGUACCUCAAAAAGUGGAAAAAUUGAAGAAUGAAGAGGUAAAGCCUUAUGAACCUCCCGCUCCAUUCCCUCAAAGGUUAAUGAAGCCCAUGGAAGACCCAAACUUCAAGAAAUUUGUGAAUAUCUUCAAGCAACUCCAGAUUAACAUACCCUUGGCGGAGGCACUUGAACAGAUGCCUACAUAUGCUAAAUUCUUAAGGGAGUUGCUGACAAAGAAGCGCAAAUGGGCUGAUCUAGAGAAGGUAACCCUUACUUCUGAAUGUAGUGCUGUGAUUCAGAAUAAAUUACCAGAAAAGAGGGAUGAUCCGGGCAGCUUCACCAUUCCAUGUGUCAUUGGAGGUACAGAAUUCGAUAAAUCACUUUGUGAUCUUGGAGCAGGAAUUAAUUUGAUGCCAUACUCAGUCUACAAGAAAUUGGGAUUGGGAGAUGUUCUUAAGCCUACUCGGAUCACACUCCAAUUGGCUGAUCGAUCAGUAAAAAUUCCAAAGGGAGUGGUGGAGAAUGUAUUGGUGAAGGUGGGAAAGUUUAUUCUCCCAACAGAUUUUGUCAUUUUGGAGAUGGAAGAAGAUCGGGGAGUGCCUCUAAUCCUCGGCAGACCUUUUCUAGCAACCGGUGAUGCACUCAUCGAUGUUGGGAGAGGCAAGUUGACAUUCCGAGUAGGUAAGGAGGAGGAAAUUUUUAAUGUCUUUCAAGUUGACCAUAAUCAUGAUGAAUUUGAAAGUGAAGCUCGAGAAAGGAAAAAUCCCUCUUCCUGUGAUAGUGGACCAUCCGAAGAACUAUCACCUAUCCUAUCUGCUCAGAUUCUGAAGUCAAAGCAAGGGCAGAAAUCCUUGCCAGGUCACCUCAAGUAUAGAUAUUUGGGUAAGGAUUUCAAUCUUCCUGUUAUUAUUCCUUCUUCACUGACAUUGAAACAGGAAGAGUACCUGCUUGAGGCGCUGCAGUACCACCUAUGCCUCACUAGAGGGUCUAACAUGCCAGCUAAGAAGGUCAUACCCAAUUUUCGCACACCUGGCCCUGCAGAGGUGACUCAUAUGCUGGAUGGAGGUUAUGCGUUCUACCAUUGCUCGGGAGGGUAUGCUGGAUACCUUUCCAUACCCAUUGGUUGAAAGCUCCAUAAACGUCAGGCUGAGGA